AGAAAUAAUGUAAUGUAGUUUUGGCACGCGCUCCUUAAUAACGAUGGAACGGAGUGGUUUUUAAUUGGUGCUAAUUAUGACUUGAUUAGCAUGGUGCAGAUUUUUUAAUUCUUGUUGCUAAUUGUUUUGUUUACUGCGUUGGGGGAAAGAAAAAAAAACUAAGAGAAAUAACUAGGAGAGGAAAGCCAAUGCAACAUGCUGUCGCUCUUCUUCUUCUUCCUCCUCUCCUUCCUCUUCUUCUUCGCCCUAUAAGCGUCCAGUGGUCCACUAGCGCGUGCAUGCUGGUGCAGAGCUGCACCGCUCUCCACUCAUUCCUGCAUCCAGGGGAUCAUCUGCGAUGUCCUACCCACAGCUCGGAUAUCCCUACUCCUCUGCUCCACAGUUCCUCAUGCCAACCAACUCUCUGACGUCGUGCUGCGAGUCGCGUGCUCGCUCCGUGUCCGAGUCUGGCUCUUGCGCCCCGGCCCCGCCGCCCCCUCCUCCUCCUCCUCCACCUCCCCCACCCCAGGCUCCGGUUUACUGCCCCGUGUAUGAGAGCAGGCUGCUGGCCACCGCGCGCCACGAGCUCGGAGUCUACAGCAACCCGUAUGCCGGCAGUCAGAGCUACGGGAAUUACGUCACUUACGGCACCGAGGCCUCAGCGUUCUACUCUCUGGGUGCCUUCGAUGCCAAAGACAGUGCGGCUUCAGCGAGCAUCACCCAGGCUGCGGCUGCUGCUUACUACCCCUACGAUCCCACUCUGGGGCAGUACCAGUACGACAGAUAUGGCUCGAUGGACGGAGGGACGAGGAGGAAGAACGCCACACGUGAGACCACCAGCACGCUGAAGGCCUGGCUGCAGGAACACCGGAAGAACCCGUAUCCCACCAAGGGCGAGAAGAUCAUGCUGGCCAUCAUCACCAAGAUGACGCUCACGCAGGUGUCCACGUGGUUCGCCAACGCCAGGCGGAGACUCAAGAAGGAGAACAAGAUGACGUGGGCGCCGAGGAACAAGGGCUCGGACGAGAAGAGGUGCGACGACGAUGAUGGCUCGCAGGAGGAGCCGAUCAAAAGCGAUGCCAACGAUGACGAAAGCCGAAGUCGAGACGAUAAGGAGCUUCAGCUGAGCGACCUGGACGACUUUGACGCCAUCGAGUCAGAAAGCUCAGAGUGCGACAUGAAGCAUCAGUUCCACGUAAACUCGCACAUGAGCUCGCUGCCUGAGCACCUCAAAGAGACUUCCCUGAAGUUACCCUCGCUUGAAGGGGAUGCUUUAAAGUUACCAUCCAUCCGAACCUCGUUGGAAAGAGAUGGCGAUUUGCCCAAAAGCUGCCUGAAAAUUCCGAGCCGAGACUGCGAGCACAAUCCCAGCGGGAAUACCAAACUCUGUUUCCAGCAAGAACACCAAACUCUCGACAGCAAGCCGCGGAUUUGGUCAUUGGCCCAAACCGCCACCUCGCUGAAUCCCACCGAGUUUUCUUCCUGCAUGCUUCGAUGUCAGCCGCCGAUCCCCGGCUCGUCCUCGCCGCCUGGAAAAGUCCCGGAGAAGCAGCAGGACUCGCCGGUCACCACCUUGAGACACUGGAUGGAUGGUGUUUUCCAUGAUCCUUUAUUCAAACACAGCACUUUGGACCAAGCGCAUAACAGCAACACGGGCGUUUCCUGGAGCACUGCCAAAAGCUCCAUCCUGGAGAGCGGAGUGCAACGCGAUUAAAAAAAAAAAAACCCGCUCACAUGACUUCGACUGAAAUAAAAAGACGUGAACAGAAAACCGUUUGUAAAGAAAUAUUUGUGGAAUACGCUGCUGGGACAAUUUCCGUGACUGUGUUUGGACGAAAGACUUCGGACAUUUUUAAGGUCUAUGUUUGCUCUGUCAUGUCAGACUUUUCCUUUUUUUUUAAAAACUAUUUUGCUCGACUGAUUAUGUGGAAUCGUACGUAUUAACUGUUCUAUCGACACCUCGAUUCAGAUUUCCCAAAAUGGGAUUUGUUUGCUUUAUUUAUUAUAUUAUAUAUAUUAGGCAUGUGCCAAGAUUUAAAAUAAAACAAAAGUGUCAAGAUAACAAUUUAAACAUUUUUGCGAUAGUAUCACGCUAAAUAAAUAAAUAAAUAAAUAAAAACAGCUUCAUUUUAUUGUUUCGAAUCUUUUCACACACUACUUUUCACACUAGCAAAUGUUUGUAUUUUCUAAACGAUAAAUUGAAAAACGUAUUAAAAUGAUCACAAAUUUUAACGUAAUUUUUGACAAAUUUUAAAAUUUCAACAAUUUUAACACAAAUUUUAAACCUAUACAAGGAUGAAUUAAGGAAAAUUUGAUGAAUUAUUGGCACAUGUCUUCUAUAUACAUUAACACAUAAAAACAGAUCGGCUGUGGGAAGUAAUAUAAAUAUCUAUAAAUAUAUUCAUAUAUAUGUUUAACGCACAUUACAAUUCUGUAAAUAAACGACAGAAAGUUUACAUUUCGGUAAAAAAAAAAGACGUUUACAGUUGCGUUUGUUUUUUUUUAAUUUUGUUCAGCAUGCAUCCGUUUUAUCUGAUUUUUUUUGCAAAUCUCAUUAAUGAUGUCACUGUUGAAAAAUGAAAAGUUAAAAAAAAAAAAAACUUGCAAAAA